AUGGAGGAGCACAGCGUUCCCAGCGAGGUGCCGGCAGCCCUGAAGCGCCUGGCCAAGUGCAUAGGGCGUGGUUUCUAUGGUGUGGAGUGCUCCCUGGCCCUGGACGUGCUGAUCCGCUACCCCUGUGUGAAAGAGGAGGACCUGUUACAGCUGCUCAAGUACGAGCGCAAGCAGCUGCGCAGCGCCCUCAACGCGCUCAGGGCGGACAAGCUGCUGAAGCUGCGGGUGCGAGUUGAAACAGGGCCCAACGGCAAGAGCACCAGGCACAAUUACUACUACAUCAAUUACAAGGUGCUGGUGGAUGUGGUAAAAUACAAACUGGAUCAUGUACGCCGGAAAAUAGAAGCAGAAGAGCGGGAUUCAACUACCAGAUCCUCUUUUAAAUGUCCAUCUUGCUCUAGCACGUACACAGACCUUGAAGUCAAUCAGCUCUUUGAUGCAUUUACAGAGACUUUUCGCUGCACUUACUGCAACACUGAGGUAGAGGAAGAUGGCUCGGCGUUUCCGAAGCACGAUGCUCGAACGUUGCUGGCGAAGUUCAACGAGCAGAUCGAGCCUCUCUUUGUGCUGCUGCGUCAGACCGAAGAGAUUGUGCUGCCCUAUGACUUGCUGGAGCCUCAGCCAACAGAAAUACCAGAAUUAUCAGAAAGCUUUGAUCCAAAGCUGGGCUCAAGUGUGCUGGAAUCCUGCAGCCGCCCUGAAAAAUGGGCACACAGAAGUUCUGCUUUUGGCCUUGCAUACACCCAAAAUUUAACUAUUGAUGUCCAAGACUCAAAGCAAGAGAAGAAAAGAAGAGAAAAGGCAACUGAAAAGCAACCUAUCUGGUUGUCACAGAGCACUGUGGAAGGAGCAGCAACAGCCACCAACAAUAGUGUUGGAGUAAAUGCUUCUGAAGAAACUGAAGAAAAUGUUAAAGAAACUGUCACUGAUAAUGAAAUCAUCAAGACUCUUCUGAUCCAUGAAUCCAAGUCAUCAUCUAGCACAGACCAGGCUCCUAUUGUCAAAAGCAAACUACAUGGAUCACACAGUGAUAGCAGUGAGUUUGAAGAGGAUGCCAAGCACUCAAGAGGAGCAGGAAUGAAAGUAGCAGGCAGCAACUUUGAACAAGAGGAGGAACAGGAAACUCUGGAUCCAAUUUUAAUGGUAGCUGGCCAGCCCUGCUCAUAUGGCCAAGUUAGUGAAAACCCAGAGCUUGUGUCUCUCAUGACAAAUGAAGAGAGAGACACUUAUAUAAAAGUAGGACAAGAAAUGUUCCAGUCUGUCUUUGAGUAA